AUGGCUAUGAACCCGCAACCCAAUGGCCCUGGCCCUGCCCAGUCUCGUGAGAACUACAGACACUCGAUGGAAGAAUGGCGCCAGUCCGCCCUCUCCCAGCGCAACCAAUAUGAACCCCGCGUGAAGGAGCAAGUCACCAGGUCGUUUCAAGAAUACUCUCCUCCGCUCUACGCCUCAAUAAUCGGCUACCGUCGUGACUGGAAUCUCCUUGUUACGACUUCUCGAGUCUCUGGCUUUGCAGCUACUCUCGGGCGAGAUCUUGACAAUGAAGAGGCUAAGGCCAUUGCAGAAUACACUCUCAACAACAUUCACACCAAUGCAGGCUUGAAAUGGCUGAGCGUAGCAGUCGCUGGAUACAUGACAUAUCGUGGUCGCCGUACCUGGCAGUUCCCUUUUUACAAACCUAAGCUCGGGGGCCGAUUCAACCCUAACGAAACCACCAGCAUAUUCUCCAACAAGAAGAUCCGCGGUCCUUGGCCUCGUGCUACAUGGCAUUGUCUUCGAUUCACGGCCUAUCUCGCUGUCACUAUGCUCAUGGUUGAGCCCGCCUUCCGAGCCGUCAACUUCAUUCGAACCGAAACCGCCAUGACACACGAUCCCCGGCUAAAACAAUUCACUAAGGAUGCCAGCAAACGUGUCGAGCAAGUCAUGUCAAACCCCACCAUAUCAAAGGCUCCUUUUACCGGCAGGAAUGCGCAUAGAGGCGAUGAGAACGACCCAUGGGCCAGCAAUGACGGAAACAGCAAUGAUGGAAACAACACCAGCUCCGAAAGUACCUAUCAGCCUACACCCACACAGUCCUGGGACAAAUCCCCAUCCUAUACAACCACACAGAAAAGCCAGCAACAAAGCCAGCAAUCCAAUGACGACUGGGGUGUCCUUGAUGAUGAUGAUGCUUCCCCUGUCGCUGCCUCUGCUCGCAAGCAACCAGUCUCUUCUUCUUCUUCUUCCUCGGGCUCCGCAUGGGACCGAGUUCGUCAACAAUCACAUGGUGCUCCCCGACAGCAGCAGCAACAAUCUAACAGUCAGUCCCAAGGCUGGGCAGCCCGUCCCCAACCUGAAGCUCAUCCUCAGUCACAAACCAGCUGGGGCAAUGAGUCUGCUGGUGGCUCCGGUGACAAUUUUUCGCUCAACAAACCAGAUGAGGAGAGUGUUGUUGCCAAAGAACAGGCGCAAAACGAAUUCGACCGACUUGUCGAAAGAGAAAGAAAGGGCCAGGAUCAGGAGAAGUCUUGGGGACGUAAGUAA